AUGGAUAUUAAACACAAAAUCGGUAUAGCGAAUUUCUCCCGAAGCCGCAGAUCUGCCGAUGACAGUAACUCGCUGCAAUUCGAACCUGGCUCGCUGCGGCACACGAGUCACGUGAGCACGAGUCUGAAAAGUCUCCUUCAAAAUGCCGCUUCUCAAAAUUCGCAAGUUCCGCUUUCUACAGAUGAUGUUGAAAUAACAACAGAAACAGAAACCUCAACGACAGUCGAAACAUCGACAACGACAAGUGAGCUUUCCUCGGUUGACGAGGAAUCCGACAAGUUUGGCGCCGAGCAGGAGCCAAACUCGUUUGUUCACGAAAUGAUGAUCCAGAGCGCGAGAAGAUUGCCCAACGAUGACUUUGAGCUUCCUGACUUUGAAAUCUGCCCAAUUCUGCCAGAUCUUCCCGGCGAGUCUGGAAGCAUUCGAAAAGUCAGGGACACCGAGCGCGCCAAGGUCAAUCGUCGAAUUGAUGAGCGUCUAAAAAUCUACCAGAACCGCACUGACUGUGUUUACGAUUGUCACGUGGGCUGUCCUGAAGGAUGGUUCAAGCUUCCUGGAAUGAAGGAAUGCAGACCUCGUCUCAACUGCACCCAAAUCAAAAAGCAACUGCCGACGAAAGAUCGAUAUCUCAUUGGUGGUGGCGGAGUUAAACGAAUCUACACUGCCGAUUUAAACGGAAGCGCUGUCGUUAUUGCCCGAGUAAAGCGCUUUAAAUUCAACCAGUAUUUGGAAUCGAUGAUCGACCUUCAACAAACCGGCGUUGUUGCCCAAUUGAUUGGAGUCUGCGAAGAACCGGCCUGGCCAGAAGUAGUCCUCCAAUACCAUUCUCUUGGUUCUCUUCUGUCCGUCAGCCAGUUGCCAAACGAUCUCGAUCUCCGCUGGAGAGUUGUGAUGAGCUACCUCGACGUUGUCAACAAGCUCCACACUCAAGUGCCAAGAGCACCGAGAGUUCUCUGUGACGCUUCGAGGACGGAAAUAACUCUUUCACAGUUUCUCCUCACGGAUGACUUUCAAGUCGUUCUCAACGACGUGGACGAGCUCAUUGCUGCUUCCCAGGAUGGAACCGUCAGAUGUAACUGUAACAUUAUCCGAGGCGGCUCAGAAAUAGAAGAAAACAUGGGCUGCUUGGUGCCUCCAGAACAAAAACAAUGCGGAUUAGGCAUCUUUUACACGGAGAAAAUUGAUAUUUGGAAGAUUCCGGACAUCACCAAAGCGAUUUUGGGCGAAUCAGAAGAAGCAACAGACGUAUGGAACAAACUUUACAGAAUUCAUCAAGAAUGCAAGCUGGACGAGCCCCUCUCGCGGCCCGAAAUUGGCACUGUCGUCGAUAAAUACUUAGAAGUCCAACAGCAAUUUAACAUUAAUCCAGGCCUAUAA